AUGUUGGCUAUCGGUGACGCUGUCUUGCGUAUCACUAACUUUGUGUUUUUAGUCAUUGCCUUGGGUUUGACUGGUUCCCUUGCCGCCACCACCAAGUGGCAGGACAACCCUCAGGUGAACUUUGCUGUUUUCGCUUCUGCUUUCGGCAUUUUGUUCUCCUCCUUCUACGGUCUUUUGGCAUACUUUGUUGCCGCCCUUGCCUGGCCUGUGGUUUUGUUCUUGUUUGACUUCUUGAACACUAUUUUCACUUUUGCCGCUGCCACCGCCAUUGCUGCCGGCAUCAAUGUCCACUCUUGUGACAACCAGGAGUACCUCGACAACAACAACAUUACGCAAGGUUCCACUGGCAGAUGCAGAAAGGCCCAGGCCUCCACUGCCUUCCUUUACUUUUCGUUUUUCAUCUUUUUGGCUUCGGCUGUUUUCUCCGGUAUUUCCAUCGGUAGAGGCGGCAUCUUUGGCGGCUCUUCUCGUUCCAGAGGCGUUGGCGUGCCAUCUGUUUCCCAGGUUUAA